GACAUGGACUACGAGUUCAAGUCGAAGCUGGCGGCCGAGCGCGAGCGGGUGGAGGACCUGUUCGAGUACGAGGGAUGCAAGGUGGGCAGAGGCACCUACGGGCACGUCUACAAGGCCCGCCGCAAGGACGGAAAAGAUGAAAAGGAGUAUGCACUGAAGCAAAUUGAAGGUACAGGGAUUUCCAUGUCGGCCUGUAGAGAGAUUGCACUUUUACGAGAGUUGAAGCACCCAAACGUGAUUGCAUUGCAGAAAGUUUUCCUUUCUCACAGUGACAGAAAGGUUUGGCUGCUGUUUGAUUAUGCUGAGCAUGAUUUGUGGCAUAUUAUCAAGUUUCACCGUGCCUCAAAAGCAAAUAAAAAGCCCAUGCAAUUGCCAAGAUCUAUGGUUAAAUCCCUACUCUACCAGAUCCUCGAUGGAAUCCAUUACCUCCAUGCAAACUGGGUGCUUCACAGGGAUCUGAAACCAGCAAACAUUCUGGUAAUGGGUGAAGGCCCUGAAAGAGGAAGAGUUAAAAUAGCUGAUAUGGGUUUUGCAAGAUUGUUUAACUCGCCUUUGAAGCCAUUGGCAGACUUGGAUCCAGUCGUGGUGACAUUCUGGUACAGAGCUCCAGAGCUGUUACUUGGAGCCAGACAUUACACAAAAGCCAUUGAUAUUUGGGCAAUUGGCUGCAUAUUUGCUGAACUGUUGACUUCAGAACCUAUAUUUCACUGUCGCCAGGAGGACAUCAAAACAAGUAAUCCUUUUCAUCACGAUCAACUAGACCGCAUUUUCAGUGUAAUGGGAUUCCCUGCAGAUAAAGACUGGGAAGACAUAAGAAAGAUGCCAGAAUAUCCAACUCUUCAGAAAGAUUUUAGGAGAACAACAUAUGCCAAUAGUAGCCUCAUAAAAUACAUGGAGAAACACAAAGUCAAGCCUGACAGCAAAGUUUUUCUUUUGCUUCAGAAGCUUCUUACUAUGGACCCUACAAAGAGAAUUACCUCAGAGCAGGCUUUGCAGGACCCCUACUUUCAAGAGGAUCCUCUGCCUACAUCAGAUGUGUUUGCUGGCUGUCAGAUUCCAUAUCCUAAAAGAGAAUUCCUCAAUGAAGAUGAACCUGAAGAGAAAGGGGAUAAGAAUCAACAGCAGCAGAAUCAGCAUCAGCAGCAGACAGCACCUCAGCAGCAGCCGCAGGCAGCACCGCAGCAGCCGCAGCCGCAGCAGCAGAACAGCACCCAGACCAACGGGACGGCCGGAGGCGCUGGCGCGGGCGGAGGGGGUGCAGGUGCGGGGCUCCAGCACAGCCAGGACUCCAGCCUCAACCAGGUGCCUCCCAACAAGAAACCACGCAUAGGGCCUUCAGGCGCUAACUCAGGCGGGCCUGUCAUGCCUUCAGAUUAUCAGCACUCCAGCUCACGCCUGAGUUACCAAAGCAACAUUCAGGGAUCUUCUCAGUCCCAGAGUACAAUGGGCUAUUCCACAUCAUCUCAGCAGAGCUCUCAGUAUCACCAAUCUCAUCAGUCUCAUAGGUACUGAGAGGCCUGACAGGCUGCACUCAGAAAGGAAUGGACUAAAAGCCAGAAGACUCCAGCAAUAUGAAGUUCAUAAUGAUGAGAAGACCAAAAAUACAAACUAUAAUGCAGAAUUAAAGUUCAUGAUGACAAAAGGAAAACUUCACUCACUGAAGACUUCCCCCACCCCAUCCCUUUAUUGCCAUAAAGGAGAUUCUUGUGAAGUUUUCCUUCCUCCCUGCCCUUGCAUGUGCUCCAUUGUGGUUACUCUAAUGAACCCUUCUGAUCUGAACCCAGCACUUAAUUUCUUUAACCUUUGGAAUUUUGAAGGAUUCCUGGUGCACCUUCCUUAUGCUGUAGUGAUUGCCAUAAAUCUGUCUUUUCAAUCUCUUUAAUGGGAUUUUAAAGUUUGAAAAUCUUGAACUCCCAGGCUUUCAAGCUUGUAUAUAGUUAGUUUUAUACUAGGCAAACCAGUUUAGCUAUACAGGUAUAUUGCACCUUUUUAAAGCACUAUGUUAUUUUCACAGGAUAUUACUGUUUUGCUCAUGGAUGUCAAGAACAGCAAAAUUUUACUGUUCCAGAGUAUUUUACUAUUCUGUUUUUAUUAGUCUAGUUUUCAGGCAAAGUUAAAAAUAAAAAAUUUAAAAAAUUAAUAAAAUGAAAAAAGGAAAGAAGAAAAAAAAACCACCCAAGUCUCUGCAGCGACAAAUAUGCUUCAUGCUACUGGACUGAACGCCAAACAGAAGAUUGCUGAUAUUUCUUAACUCAUUCACAUUGAAUUCUUGAAAUCACAGUGAUCAUGCUCUGACUAGUUUUAAAUUAAGUGUUAUUUCAAAUGAAACCAGGACAGUCACAUAAAAAGGAGAUGCUUUCAGGAUCUGUUGGAACAGAAGAAUGGAAUGUCUUCCCAGGCUGGACACCAAAAUAGUCAGGAAAAUGUAUUUACUGCCCUCGAGUCUCAGUAGGAAUGUGGAUGAUGCGCUUGUUUUUCUCUUAAGCAGCUGAUUAAUGUAUGUGAGAGUUCUAUAAAUUUAGCUUUCUUUCGCAUUCCUGAGUCAGUUCUCGAAAUUUAAAGGUGACAGAAAUACUAAGACUUGCUAAAACAAAUGCAUUUAAUCAUUUUACGUUAGAAUUAAUAAUUAAGAGAAAUUAUUGUGCAGUUUGAAAAGCAUGUUGAAAACUGUUCCUUUUUCAUGUUUAUAGUGCAUAUUCUAUGUCCCUCACAUUGCUGUGAUUAACCAGAUUAGUUACACCAGAUGCGCUUGAUUGCACUGAAAUGUUUCCUUUUCCCUAGAGCAAACAUGUUUUGAUUGUGCCUAAGGGACUGCAAGUGGAUGGGUAGCUGGCAGAAAAUCCCCAGUAAUUAAGCAAGAGUUUAGAAGCAUAAUCAGGGGAUUAUUGUCCAACUUCUGGAACCACAGUUAUUCAGAGACACACAACGUGUAAUUUGGGACAACUUCGUUUUUCCUUCAGCCUUCAGAAAUAAGGCUGAUUCUAGUUGCAGAAAACCUAGAAAAAUGCAUUUAAAAAGAUACUGGCAACGUAACACCAGUGAGCUUCUACAACUGGUGUCCAGAGAAGAGGUAAAGUGAGAGAAGUUUAUGUGUAAAUGGUUAACAAUACAGAUUUUUAUGCUGCACUGUGUUCUCUUCUGUCCUGUGUCCACACAAAAAAACCUGUACACCCAUACACGUUCACACUGAAGUUGUGAUCAGAUGUAGCAAGAAGAGGGUCAGGCACUGAUCUCUUUCCUGUGGUGACCAGUGACAGGACCCGAGGGAAUGGCCUGAAGUUGUGUCAGGGAGGUUUAGGUUGGCUAUUACAAAAAGGUUCUUCACCUGGAGAGUGGUUGGGCACUGCAACAGGCUCUGCAAGGAAAAGGUCACAGCACCAAGUCUGACAGAGUUCAAGAAGCGUUUGGACAAUACUCUCAGGCACAUGGUGUGACUCUUGGGGAUAGUCCUGUGCAAGGCUAAGAGUUGGACUUGAUGACCCAUGUGGGUCCCUUCCAAUUUGGCAUAUUCUGUGAUUCUGUGAAUAAAUCUGUUUGCUCUGAGGAGAAUGCUAUUCAUCACAGCUAGUCACGUACAAGUUUCUACUGGGUUUCAUCUCCCAAUCACCUUUACUGCCCCCUUCCUCCUCAAACUUGUGCUCUUUUCGUACCUUUUGUGAGCAGUUGGCUUGUUUUGGCUAUACUUACCAUCAUGUGGUUUUGACAACACCCAGCUGCUCUGGAAAAGCAACUAAAACCUGCUUUUGUCAUCAAAUGAGUAAGAAGGUGGUGAAAAAUGAAAUGAAGCAAUUGAAAGGAAAACCUUAUUUCUGGGGAAAAAUAAUCUCCCAAAGGAUACUUUCAAUGUGUAACCCUUGAAAUGCUCCAUUUUAUACAUGCCCUAGUAGCCUGUUUGUAAGAACAGAUUUUAAUUGUUCCUUUAUUUCACUGAGCCUGAGGGUUUACUUGCUUUCUGUCUCACCUCUUACUGAUGUUAAUAUGAGGUACUUUUGAGCUAAUGGAUAUUUGGCCAAUGCCAUAAAUUAACAUUUGACUUGAGUGUCACGUUUCUGGAAAUUAAUCUUUUUGUCCCCUUCUGUUUUUUUCAUCUUUCUCUUACCUCAAAAUUCUUUUGUCUUUUCUACUACAGUAAUGUAACAUUUCUAUUCCCUACUGUGACCUGCAGCUGGUCAUCAAAAUUCACACAAGAUCAGGAAGUGGCAGGGAACCAUAUGGUUAAUUAAGGUGGGCUCUUGUGCCAAUAAGGCAAAAUCAUGGUGUAGAUUAAUCUCUAUGUAGAGUGUGAAACUUCACAGCAAUGUAAGGUGCUUUAAUUGAGCGAGCUUCCAGCUUCUAAAGUGACUGCCACGACCUCUCUCUAAGCUGCACUGGUGUUUCUGCCUUGGUUAGGUCUGGUAGAUGACCACAUGCUGCUCCUCUCUCUAGCUUUUGUGUGCACACAUGAAUCCUCUGUUCCUUCAAACUCACCACUGGGAGGAGAGUGAAUAAAAGCAAAAGAGCUGGCUGCAAAACAUAGGCUCUGCACACUCUUGUAGUUCCUUCCUGGUGGUGAAAUAAUUCUCUUUUUCUUGGGAGCUUGAUGCAUGCUGCCGAGGUCAGUGGCCAUCACAGUGGAAGAAGCGUUGCUGUCUAGGGGUCAUCCCAUGAGGUAAAAAUGUUCCGCUUUCAAAAGCGAAUCGUGCAGUUUGUCAUGGGAAACCAGGACCAUGUCAUUUUUGUUAUUUUUUUGCCUGCGCAGUUUCGUUAUUACUCAUAGCUCUAUCUCUGCCCAUAACCCUUAGACCCUCACCAAAGUGUUUCACACCUGUGCUGAGAGAUGCAGGUGACACGGGCAGAGCUGUCUUCUCCAUCCUGGUGGGAGAGCAGGCUGCUGGGUACAGCUUUUCCCAUUGUGGCUCAGAGGAAACAAACACGUGGGGAAUGAAUAGGAUGAGCAGCCUGGUCCAUGUUGGUGAAGUUUAUGUAGCACAAACUGCACAAUGAAGGAGAAAUAUAGGGGAAGCUGCGAGUCCUGCACUGUAUCUGUGACACUGUAUCUGGGGAGGGGGAGGGAAGAGCAUUCGUAGCGGGAGGGGUGGCGGGAAGCUAGAAGUGUUCAAAUAUGUAUAAUAUUUUAUAUAAACAUAAUAAGCUUAGUUCCCCUUCAUAAUCUUCAGGAAUGGUACUUUAACACCAUUAAGCAAAGAAUUGUUUUAGGAUUAAAUAAAUGUAUUGUACAUAAGGCCAUACGUAAUCUUCUAAAAAUGUCGCCAGACAGAAGCGAUGUGUAUUACUAUAUGAAAAAAGUCCUUAAUGCACUGUUAUCUUCUAAAUAUUUAGUAGUAAAUUAAUGCUAUUUAAUUUUUUUAAAAAUUUGUCUUGUGUAGACACUAAAAAGUAUUACACAAAAUCUGGACAGAACAUGUCCUUUUUAACAGCAAUUUAAAGAACUUUUUAUAUAUGUAAGGUAGUAACUUUUCAAAUUGUUCUAGUUGUAUAUUCCCAUGUUUACUAUUUGUGGAAGUGUGCCUGUCUCUAUUCAGUUUUUUUUUUCUAAUAAUUUCAUGCACACAUCUUUCAUUUUUGUAGUUUCCAUUGGAAAUUAUUGUGUAUGCACCUCAUGCUGCCACAAAACUUUGCCACUCUAGAUCUGUGGUGGCCACAUUCAGCAGUGCCCAUGCCAGUGGGCUAGCAAAACCACAAAGCAAAAUACUUGUUUCUCAUUCUAGAGUUGAGAGUUUACUGCUUUUAAGUUGUCCUGAUGUCACUCUUGAAAUGACUGUUAAAACUAAGCUAUGAGUUCAUUGCAUUUAUUUUAUAUUCUUGGUUGUAAUGAAAUGGAAUUGACUUUGCUUCAGUGUGAAUUUUUUUAAUAAAAUAAUAUACAUUUGUAAUAAUAAUAAAAAGUUCAAAUCAAAUAA